AUGCAGGAUAUCAUAGACGAAGCAUACGGCAAGUAUGCUCAGGGCAGCUCUCGGGAAUCAACCAUGCACACAAAUCUACUUUGCGACCCUGACCUAGUAGAGGACUAUAGCGACAUAGUUAAAACAAUGCCUAAGAAAGUGCGAGAGGAUGAGGAAAGCGUAAGCGUAAAUGGGAGCGUUGUGCUAAAUCCAAACAACCAGCAUUCUUCUCCCUCCAAAUCGGCAACUUUCUCAGUGGGCGAGAAGUUUGGCCGCUACGGAUUGGCUUCCCGGCCAAAGCCUGAACCUAUAGGGGGCUCCGACAAGCGCACUGAGGAUUACAGCGAUGAAUACGAGUACUCGGACUCAGAGUUUGAAGAUAACAUAGAAACUAGGCUUAAAGAUUUGAGCUCAGACGCCAACAACAGCUCUCCCAUGAAGUUUUUCAACUCUGAACAAAACGUUGGACAGUCUUCUGAAGAUGAUCUGACCACAUCACGCUCAAGCCGCACAAAACUUCAAAGCAGCACCAACUUUGUUGGAGCUUCAGAUCUAAGGGCCAGCCAUAGCGAUGAUGAGGGUUUAGAUUCUUCAACUUCAGAUCAAGAGGAUGACGAUGAUGAUGACGAUGACGAGAUGAAUGAAGACGAAUUUCAGUCCCUCGCACCUCCUGAAGAGAUAGACCCAAGCAAACUUUAUGCUCUUUACCCAUUCCAGGGGCCUGACCCUUCACAUUGCCAGUUGUUUCAAGAUCAGAGCUGCGUGCUACUCAAUGACCAGGACUCUUACUGGUGGCUAGUCAAAAGGUGCAACGAUGGGAAAAUAGGAUUUGCUCCCGCAGAGAUCCUGGAAACCUUUCCAGAGCGCUUAGCUAGAUUAAACUGUUGGAAAAACGAAAAUAUGUCCGGCCGGUCCGUUGGCAGUACUGAGGGCAACGAGGGAAAAGAGCGGGACUCUGCAAAUACGGAGGAUGAUGAAGCCUCUUCAGCCCCAUACACUAAAGGGAACAAGUCUGUCAGUUUUAAUGACGUGGUGAGCUAUGCCGAGCGAUAUUUCCAAGACGGAAGCGAUGAAGCUUUGGGUGAAGAGGAAACAGAGCAAACUAACAAAGAAGGUCAUAGUUCAGAAGAUUCACAUCCCGAAAAAGACCCUCUUGAAAAUUUAGAAUCUGAAAAGUUGCUACUUUCAGGGUCCCCGCUUGACAAGGUUUAUAAGGCUACACUUGAACCUGAAGAGGACGAUAUCAGUGAGGUUGUCAGUGACGUAUCAUUCAAUACUGGCGGUACCUUGCCGCUUCACGUGAAAAAGACCAGAACAAUGCAAACGGAGAACCAACAUAAACCAGAACACGACUACAACACUGAGAAACUGAAGGGUCAUCUAUCGCCUGUUCCACAGGCUCGUGAUGCACGCAGGCUACUUAAAGCUGUUGAUGACGGGCUUCAGCAAACUUUCAAAGCACCCACGAUACCUUUUGCAGGUAGCAAAGAUCUGCCUAAGUCGAACUCUAAUUAUUCGAUUUCAACAAUAGGAGAGUACUCGCCUUCUUCUUCAGAGUGGACAAAUGACUCUCCACAGGUCAACAACGGAAAUUUCGAUGUCGAGCCCGCUGUGGAAGGCAUUCCUUCAACCAGAGCAAUUAAGGAUAUCUCCAAGAUAGUCAGCUCGAUGAAGGAAGAUGACGUAUACGACGCAGAAGAUGAAGAAGAUCCUACUAUGCCAAAAGCAACAAGAAGUGAGGCAAUCACUCGCGAUUCUUCUCAUCGUGAAAGCACCUCAGCAUCUUCCAACGAAUCUAGCAUAAACGAAGAACGUGGCACCUCAGCAACCACCAUCAAUAGUACCAUUUCAUUCAACGAGCUGAAAAAUAAGCACCACCCUGUUGUUCAUGAGCUCUAUAACCCACUUUUCGAUAGAAUCGAUGAGCUACUGCGGAAAAUUAACGCUGUUAUGAGUGACUAG